AUGGCCGGCCGCACCAUCCACCGCCCAAAACACCUCCUGCGAAGCCUUCCCCUCCUCUCCCGCCGACCCAAUUCAACCGCCUCUCCCUUUUUCACCCCCGCCGGCCACCAGCUGAACCUCGCCGAGACGACCCCCGACCCGAAGCCCACCAAGCUGACCCCGGCAGCCCGGACACCCGUCAACCUCGACGACGCCAAGGAGCUGUUCUCGUCAGUCUCUACCGGGAAGCUGAUCAAGUCGAUCGUGACCCUACAAGCGGCGUCGAUGAACGGCGUGGUGGAGCUGGGGUCGACGGUCGUGAAUUCGCGGCUGAUGAAGAGCCCGAUCUCGAGGAAGAUGCUGCUGGAGUCGAUCGAGCACACGUUCUACGAUCACUUCUGCGGGGGGAAGGAUUUGGGGGAGGCGGAUCGGAUCGUUAAGAGGCUCUGGGAUUCGGGGCUCAUGGCUAUGCUGGAUUACGGGCUUGAGCACGCGACUGAUAACGGGGCGUGCGAUCGGAAUUUGGACGAGUUUGUUCAGACGAUUGAGUCGGCUAAGCAUUUGGGAGCUUCACCUGUCAGUUUUGUAGUAAUCAAGAUUACUGCCAUCUGUCCCCCGCGCUUGCUCAACAGAAUAAGCGAUUUCUUGAGAUGGGCCCACAAGGACAAGUCCCUGCACCUCCCCUGGAAGCUCGAAACCCUACCCAUAUUUGCCGAAUCCAGCCCUCUUUACCACACCCUGAAAAAACCCGACCCGUUAACCCUGGAUGAAGAGUGUGACCUCGAGCUGGCUUAUGGCCGGCUAAUGAAAAUCUGCAAACACAGUUGGGAGGGAAAAGUCCCGGUCGUGAUCGAUGCAGAGGACACCUCGAUCCAGCCAGCAAUCGAUUACUUCACUUACUCGGCUGCCAUUAAAUACCGUUCGGAUGAGAACCCGCUGAUUUUCAACACGAUUCAGGCAUAUUUGAGAGAUGCUCGAGACCGAAUGGUGAUGGCAAAACGGGCUGCGGACUCGAUGGGAGUGCCCGUGGGGUUCAAGCUGGUCCGUGGGGCCUACAUGACGAGCGAGAGGCGAUUGGCUUCCAUGCUGGGAGUGAGGUCCCCAAUACACGACACGAUUGAGGAUACUCACGCGUGUUUCGAUGAGUGUGCAGCUUUCAUGCUGGAGGAGAUUGCUCGGGGGUCGGGUUCGGUUGUGCUGGCCACCCAUAAUCUCGAAUCUGGUAAAAUGGCAGCUGCUAAGGCAGUUGAUUUGGGAAUCAAAAGGGAGAACAAUAAUCUUCAAUUCGCUCAGCUAUAUGGAAUGGCGGAAGCACUUUCCUUCGGACUGAAAAACGCAGGUUUUAAGGUUAGCAAAUAUUUGCCGUUUGGGCCAGUUGAGCAGGUCAUACCUUAUCUUCUUCGGCGAGCUGAAGAGAACAAAGGUCUCUUGUCUACUUCAUCCCUCGACAGGCAACUCAUGAGGAAGGAGAUCUUAAGGAGAUUAAAAUCAUAA